UGUAGAGAAACUGAAGUGGGAGAGAAAGAGAGAGAGAGGGUUAUAUGGGUAUUUGCCUUCUCGUUGAAGUUGCAGGUUUUUGGAGUUUCGUGUCGGGGUUGUUCGGUUUCUAUAUAGAAAUGUGAAUCUUUAGUUUUAGUUUUGGUGGGUUUGUUUCAAAAUUUUUUUGGGAAAUAAUCGAAUAUAAUUACAUAAAAUAUUUUUGUUUCCUUCUGUGAGAGAUAGUGCUAAGAAAUUUCUGGAGAUACUCGUUUUUCUUCUGUGUAUGUUAUAUGUAUUGGUAGUUCAGUUCUUGUAUGCGUAUAUAUUAUAUGCAUACUCUGUAUUUUGAGUUAACCAAGAAACUUGGGCUUAGGAGAUAACAAAUCAUCAAGAAUUGCAAUGGAGCUCAACAUGGGCUUUUCACAAGAUAUGGACGAUGAAUAUGAGAAACUCUUUAGAAGAUUGAAUCCUCCCAGGGUUGUAAUUGAUAAUGAAUCCUGCAAGAAUGCAACUGUUGUAAGAGUGGACAGUGCAAACAGACAUGGAACACUACUUGAAGUUGUACAAGUCCUUACUGAUCUUAACCUUAUGAUAACUAAAGCUUACAUAUCCUCUGAUGGUGGUUGGUUGAUGGAUGUUUUUAAUGUUAAGGAUCAAGAUGGAAACCAGAUUACUGAUGAAGCAAUUCUAGGUUAUAUUCGGAAGUCUCUGGGGCCAGAAUCAUGCUUUGUAUCUUCUAUGAGAUCUGUUGGGGUUAAACCAUCUAUGGACCACACUGCAAUUGAGCUAACAGGAAGUGACAGACCAGGCCUGCUAUCUGAAGUGUGUGCUGUACUCACCCACCUAAAAUGCAAUGUGGUCAAUGCAGAGGUCUGGACACACAAUACUCGGGCUGCAGCUGUGAUGCAAGUAACUGACGAGGAAACCGGAUUUGAAAUUACUGACCCAAAGAGGGUAUCCAAGAUUAAGGAACUUCUCUGUAAUGUACUCAAGGGUAGUAACAAAUACAAGAGAGCUAAGACUGGGGUGUCUCUUGGGGUCACCCACACUGAGAGAAGGCUUCACCAAAUGAUGUUUGCUGAUAGGGAUUAUGAACGUGCUGACGAUGAGGUCUUGAAUGAGAAGCAAAGGCCUAAUGUGAGUGUGGUUAAUUGGUAUGACAAGGACUACUCAGUGGUAACCAUAAGAAGCAAAGAUAGGCCAAAACUUCUUUUUGAUACUGUCUGCACGUUGACAGACAUGGAGUAUGUAGUUUUUCAUGCCAAUAUAGAUGCUGAGGGACCAGAGGCUUAUCAGGAAUAUUAUAUCAGACAUAUAGAUGGAUCCCCUGUGAAAUCGGAUGCUGAAAGACAGAGAGUGAUACAAUGUCUUGAAGCAGCUAUUGAGAGAAGAGUAUCUGAAGGUUUGAAGCUAGAACUAUGCACUACGGACAGAAUCGGGCUGCUAUCUGAUGUUACUCGCAUCUUUCGAGAAAACAGCCUUACUGUCGCCAGAGCAGAAGUGACAACUAGAGAUGGCAAAGCUAUCAAUACAUUUUAUGUUGGUGAUGCAUCAGGGUAUCCAGUUGAUGCAAAAACCAUAGAUUCCAUCAGGCAGGUAAUUGGCCAGACCAUACUUAAGGUAAAGGGCAGUCCUGAAGAGCUAAAACCAGUAUCUCAGGAAUCACCCACUAGGUUUCUCUUUGGUGGUCUCUUCAAGUCAAGAUCUUUUGUUAACUUUGGAUUGAUUAGGUCCGAUUCUUGAAAAGAUUUUAGCUCACUCAAAUUCUACUACAAAAACAAAUCUUAGUCCUUUUAGCAUAUGUGUGACUUAAGAGUUCAGGAACAGAGCCAUUUGUCAAAUGCGGUAGAGAAAGCCAUAGAAGAAGUGCCUGUAUAUUCAGCAAGUUUCAUUUGUUACCAUUGGAUCCAAUCUAAUGUUGGAGCCAUGAAAGCAAUAGAAGUUACGUAUUGAACUUUUUCAGUUUCAACUUUGUACAUAACUAAUCUUAUGCUUCCAGCUAACCCUUUAACAUCCA